UGCAAGUUUCAGUUUUGGGCAGAAAAGCCUGGAGAAAUGAGCUCGUGGAGCUGUGAAAAGGCUGGGGAGAGGGGAGGAAGUUAAAAGAGAGUUGAAAAGGCGAAGGGGAGAGGGGGGAAGGAAAGUGGAUUUUAAAAGAGUGCCAAAAAAGAGAGGGCAAGUUAAAAAACGGAAAAAAGGAGAAGGAAAUGAAAAAGGAAGGAGAAGGGACGGAAGAGCACCAGCAGCAGAAAAGAGCUUAUUUCCUGCAGACAGACUAGGAACAGUGGGGCAAAAGAGGGAGCCCCUUUCGUGCAGAGAGUGCCAGCCCAGAGGCGAUUACAUAGGCGUGGGGGGGGCCCUGUGUCUGCCUGGGACCCCGAUUUGCAACGUCUCCUUAGAGCUCGGAUCCCCAGCAGCUGGUGCUGUUGGGGGAAACCGUCUCUUUGCAAGUUGACUGCCCGCUGUUUCAUUUUGGAGUGAACCAUUCUCGGAUUAACAUAAAUUUGUUGUUGUUGGUAAACAAAAGGGAAAUUCGCCGAAAAUGACCCAAGAUGUCUGACAAAAUGUCCAGCUUUCUGUACAUCGGGGACAUCGUCUCCCUCUAUGCCGAGGGCUCAGUUAACGGCUUCAUCAGCACCUUGGGGCUGGUGGAUGACAGAUGUGUGGUUCAACCAGAGGCAGGUGACCUUUGUAACCCUCCUAAGAAAUUCAGAGAUUGCCUUUUUAAAGUAUGUCCUAUGAACCGCUACUCUGCACAGAAACAAUACUGGAAAGCCAAGCAAGCAAAACAAGGGAACCACACAGAAGCAGCACUGCUAAAGAAACUACAACAUGCAGCGGAACUGGAACAGAAGCAGAAUGAAUGUGAGAACCGAAAGUUACUGGGUGAAAUUGUAAAGUACAGCAAUGUCAUACAGUUACUUCACAUAAAAAGCAACAAAUACCUUACAGUCAAUAAGAGGUUGCCAGCCCUGUUGGAGAAGAAUGCUAUGCGGGUUUCUUUGGAUGCUUCUGGGAAUGAGGGAUCCUGGUUUUACAUCCAGCCCUUCUGGAAACUGAGGAGUGAAGGUGACAAUAUUGUAGUAGGAGACAAAGUUGUGCUCAUGCCAGUCAAUGCAGGGCAGCCUCUUCAUGCCAGCAACAUAGAACUCCUGGAUAACCCAGGAUGCAAAGAGGUAAAUGCUGUCAAUUGCAACACCAGCUGGAAAAUCACCUUAUUCAUGAAAUACAGUUGUUACAGAGAAGAUGUGCUGAAAGGUGGAGAUGUUGUCAGAUUGUUCCAUGCUGAGCAGGAGAAGUUUCUGACUUGUGAUGAGUAUCAGAAGAAGCAACAUAUCUUCCUUCGCACAACACUGCGUCAGUCGGCCACUUCUGCAACAAGUUCUAAAGCCCUGUGGGAAAUAGAGGUGGUACAUCACGAUCCGUGCCGUGGAGGUGCAGGGCAAUGGAACAGCCUAUUUAGAUUUAAACAUCUAGCAACUGGAAACUACUUGGCUGCAGAGCUUAAUCCACACUAUCCAGAUUGUACUAAUGGGGAAAAGGCUGUGCAGAGAGACAGCGAACUUCUCACUUCAAAGAAGAAACGACAGGCAGGGGAGAAGAUUAUGUAUACUUUGGUGUCUGUGCCACAUGGAAAUGACAUUGCCUCUCUUUUUGAACUGGAUGCUACCACUCUGCAGCGAGCUGAUUGCUUGGUUCCAAGGAAUUCAUAUGUUCGACUGAGACACCUUUGUACCAAUACAUGGGUCACCAGUACCAGUAUUCCAAUAGACAAAGAUGAAGAAAGGCCUGUUAUGUUAAAGAUUGGAACUUGCCAAACAAAAGAAGACAAGGAAGCUUUUGCUAUUGUAUCUGUUCCACUCUCUGAAGUUAGAGAUUUGGAUUUUGCCAAUGAUGCCAACAAAGUUUUAGCUUCAACUGUUAAGAAACUUGAGAAUGGCUCAGUCACACAAAAUGAAAGGAGGUUUGUAACCAAGCUGCUGGAAGACCUCAUUUUUUUUGUUGCUGAUGUGCCCAAUAAUGGUCAGGAAGUUUUGGAUGUGGUAGUCACUAAGCCCAACCGGGAAAGGCAAAAGUUAAUGAGGGAACAAAAUAUAUUGGCUCAGAUAUUUGGGAUCCUCAAAGCUCCAUUUAAAGACAAAGCAGGAGAAGGAGCCAUGCUGAGACUUGAAGAUCUGGGUGACCAGAGAUAUGCACCAUACAAAUACAUGUUGAGGCUUUGUUAUAGAAUCCUCCGUCAUUCCCAGCAGGACUACAGGAAAAACCAGGAAUAUAUUGCUAAGAAUUUCUGCGUUAUGCAGUCCCAGAUUGGCUAUGACAUCUUGGCAGAAGACACUAUCACAGCUUUGUUGCACAACAACAGGAAACUACUAGAGAAACAUAUCACAGCUAAAGAAAUAGAGACAUUUGUGAAUUUGCUCAGGAGGAAUCGAGAGCCAAGGUUCUUGGACUAUCUCUCAGACUUGUGUGUUUCUAAUACAACGGCAAUCCCAGUAACUCAGGAACUUAUUUGUAAAUAUAUGUUGAGUCCAGGAAAUGCCGACAUUCUCAUUCAAACCAAGUUGGUUUCAAUGCAAAUGGACAACCCCUUGGAAUGCUCUGCCCUCUCGGAUGAUAUGGAUGAAGAAGAAGUUUGGCUUUACUGGAUUGACAGCAACAAGGAACCUCAUGGCAAGGCAAUCAGGCAUCUUGCUCAAGAAGCUAAGGAGGGAACCAAAGCUGAUUUAGAAGUCCUUACUUAUUACAGGUAUCAAUUGAACCUCUUUGCAAGGAUGUGCUUGGACCGCCAAUACUUGGCCAUAAACCAGAUUUCCACACAGCUCUCAGUUGAUCUGAUCCUGCACUGUAUGUCAGAUGAGAGCCUGCCUUAUGAUCUGCGAGCAUCCUUCUGCCGUCUUAUGUUGCAUAUGCACGUGGAUAGGGAUCCUCAGGAGAUCGUCGUGCCAGUGAAGUAUGCCAGGCUGUGGACUGAAAUUCCAACCAAGAUUACCAUCCAUGAGUACGACUCCUUCACAGAUUCAUCAAGGAAUGACAUGAAGAGGAAAUUUGCUUUGACGAUGGAAUUUGUAGAAGAGUACUUGAAAGAAGUUGUGAAUCAGCCCUUUCCUUUUGGAGAUAAAGAGAAGAACAAAUUAACUUUUGAGGUGGUGCAUCUGGCUCGCAAUCUCAUAUACUUUGGUUUUUAUAGUUUCAGUGAGCUACUAAGGCUGACCAGAACACUACUGGCUAUCCUCGAUAUUGUACAAGGGCCUAUGCCAUCAUACUUUGAAAGAUUAAGCAAAUUUCAGGAUGGAGGAAACAACGUUAUGAGGACCAUACAUGGUGUGGGAGAGAUGAUGACUCAAAUGGUCCUCAGCAGAGGUUCUAUCUUUCCUCUGUCUGUACCUGAUGUGCCUCCAAGCAUCCUCCCAAGCAAACAAACCAUCACUUUAGAGAGUGAAGAUGUCACUGUGAUGGACACAAAGUUAAAAAUCAUUGAGAUUUUACAGUUUAUACUUAGUGUUCGACUUGACUACAGAAUAUCCUACAUGCUGUCUAUUUACAAGAAGGAAUUUGGGGAAAGCAAUGAAAAUGUUGAUGGUUCUGUAGCAUCUCCACCUGACUCGCCAACUAUCACCUCAGCAGUUGUACCUGACAUUGAUGAAAUUGCUGCUCAAGCGGAGACUAUGUUUGCUGGCAGAAAAGAAAAAAAUGCAGUUCAGCUGGAUGACGAAGGGGGCAGGACCUUCUUGCGAGUCCUUAUUCACCUGAUUAUGCACGACUACCCUCCUUUGCUUUCAGGGGCUCUGCAGUUGUUGUUUAAACACUUCAGCCAACGAGCAGAAGUUUUGCAAGCAUUUAAACAGGUCCAGCUGCUGGUGUCUAAUCAGGAUGUUGACAACUACAAGCAAAUCAAAGCUGAUCUUGACCAGUUAAGGCUUACUGUAGAAAAAUCUGAACUUUGGGUUGAAAAGAACAGCAGUUAUGAGAGUGGAGAGCUGGGUGAAAGUCAGACAAAAGGAAGUGAUGAGCCCACUGAGGAACCAAAUAUUUUAAGUCCAGUCCAGGAUGGGAGCAAGAAACCUCAGAUUGACAGCAACAAGAGUAACAACUAUAACAUUGUCAUGGAGAUUUUGAUCCGACUAAGCAAACUCUGCAUCCAAAAUAAAAAAUGUCGAAAUCAACAGCAACGAUUGCUUAAAAAUAUGGGAGCACAUAGUGUGGUGUUGGAUCUUCUGCAGAUCCCCUAUGAAAAGAUUGAUGAAAAGAUGAAUGAAGUUAUGAAUUUAGCGCACAUGUUUCUUCAGAACUUCUGUCGUGGAAAUACUCAGAAUCAAGUUCUCCUUCAUAAACACCUCAACUUAUUCCUAACACCUGGUCUUCUUGAGGCUGAAACCAUGCGGCACAUCUUCACAAACAAUUACCAUCUGUGCAACGAAAUUAGCGAGCGGGUGGUGCAGCACUUUGUGCACUGCAUUGAGACACAUGGCCGCCACGUGGAGUAUCUACGCUUUCUGCAGACCAUUGUAAAGUCAGAUGGCAAAUACGUGAAGAAAUGCCAGGAUAUGGUAAUGACAGAGCUAGUCAACGGCGGUGAAGAUGUGCUGGUGUUUUACAAUGACAGAGCAUCAUUUCCAAUCCUUCUCCAAAUGAUGUGCUCUGAGCGAGAGCGAGUGGAUGAGAGUGGGCCACUGGCUUAUCACAUCACGCUGGUAGAGUUGCUAGCUGCAUGUACAGAAGGGAAGAAUGUCUAUACUGAGAUCAAGUGUAAUUCCCUUCUCCCACUGGAUGACAUUGUGAGAGUGGUGACUCACGAUGACUGCAUACCGGAGGUGAAGAUUGCAUAUGUGAACUUUGUCAAUCAUUGCUAUGUGGACACUGAGGUGGAAAUGAAGGAAAUCUAUACCAGUAACCAUAUCUGGAAACUAUUCGAGAACUUCCUUGUUGAUAUGGCACGGGUCUGUAACACAACCACAGACAGAAAGCACGCGGAUGUAUCCUUGGAGAGUUAUGUCACUGAACCUGUAAUGAACAUAGUGAGUGGCUUCUUCAAUUCUCCAUUUUCAGACAACAGCACAAGCCUCCAGACACAUCAACCUGUUUUUAUUCAGUUGCUGCAGUCUGCAUUUAGAAUUUACAACUGUACCUGGCCAAACCCAGCACAGAAGUCAUCAGUGGAGUCUUGCAUCAAGACAUUGGCUGAAGUUGCAAAGAACCGUGGGAUUGCAAUUCCAGUGGAUUUGGACAGCCAAGUCAAUACCCUGUUCUUGAAGAGUCACUCCAAUAUGGUCCAGAGAGCAGCGAUGGGUUGGAGAAUGUCUGCUCGUAGUGGUCCUCGCUUUAGAGAAGCCCUUGGAGGACCUGCCUGGGAUUACAGGAAUAUCAUUGAGAAGCUACAGGAUGUGGUGGCGUCUUUGGAACAACAGUUCAGUCCUAUGAUGCAGGCUGAGUUUUCAGUGUUGGUGGAUGUAUUGCACAGCCCAGAACUUCUUUUUCCUGAGGGAAGUGAUGCUAGAAUCCGAUGUGGGGCUUUCAUGUCCAAGUUGAUAAAUCACACAAAGAGGCUCAUGGAGAAGGAAGAAAAACUCUGUAUUAAAAUUCUCCAGACAUUACGAGAAAUGCUUGACAAGAAGGACAGCUUUGUGGAAGAGGGUAGCAACCUCAGGAAAAUACUUCUCAAUCGUUAUUUUAAAGGUGACUAUGGAAGCAGCAUCAAUGGUCCUUUAUCCAGUAACUAUGGCAAAACUACUCAAGGAGGAGGUAGCUUUUCAGGACAAGAUUCCGAUAAAUCUGGUGUGUCAAUGCAUGAUAUUCAGUGCAUUUUGGAUAAAGAAGGAGCAUCAGAAUUAGUAACAGAUGUUAUAGUUAGUACCAAAAAUGACAGGAUAUUCUCAGAAGCCAUCUUGCUUGGCAUUGCAUUGCUUGAAGGUGGAAACACACAAAUUCAGUAUUCCUUUUAUCAGCAACUGAAUGAACAGAAAAAGUCUGAGAAGUUUUUUAAAGUUCUGUAUGAUCGGAUGAAAACAGCCCAGCAGGAAAUCCGAUCAACGGUAACUGUAAACACUAUGGACCUGGGGAGCAAAAAGAAGGAUGAUGACAAUGACCUGACUGUGUCUGUUCCAAAAAGCAGAGUAAGGGACUCAAACAUGCAUCUGAAAGAAGGAAUGAAAGGGCAAUUAACAGAAGCUUCAACAGCAACGUCCAAAGCAUACUGUGUAUACCGUAGAGGAAUGGACCCAGAAAUAGAACUUAUGAGUGCAGGAACAGAUCUGGCACAUUCAGAAGAAAAAUCUUCUGAAGAAAUGACAAUGAGUCCUGCCAUUGUAAUAAUGCAGCCAAUAUUGAGAUUUCUUCAGUUAUUAUGUGAGAAUCACAAUCGAGAACUCCAGAACUUUUUAAGAAAUCAAAACAACAAGACCAAUUACAACCUAGUAUGUGAGACUCUUCAAUUUUUGGACUGCAUUUGUGGAAGUACAACGGGCGGCCUAGGACUUCUGGGCCUGUACAUCAAUGAGAAGAAUGUAGCUCUGGUGAACCAAACACUGGAAAGCUUGACAGAAUAUUGCCAAGGCCCAUGCCAUGAAAACCAGACUUGCAUAGCUACACAUGAAUCUAAUGGCAUAGACAUUAUCAUUGCCCUGAUCCUGAAUGAUAUCAACCCUCUUGGAAAAUACCGCAUGGACCUAGUGCUUCAGCUGAAGAACAAUGCCUCCAAGCUUUUGCUAGCGAUUAUGGAAAGCAGGCAUGACAGUGAGAACGCAGAAAGAAUCCUUUUCAACAUGAGACCAAGAGAGCUGGUGGAUGUAAUGAUAAACGCAUAUAAUCAGGGUCUAGAGAGUGACCACGAGGAGGAAAGCAGUGAUGACAGUAUUUCGCCAAAAGAUGUUGGACAUAAUAUCUACAUAUUAGCACAUCAGUUGGCACGUCACAACAAAAUACUGCAGCAGAUGCUAAAACCUGGGUCUGAUCCAGAAGACGGAGAUGAAGCUUUGACGCACUACGCCAACCACACAGCCCAGAUUGAGGUUGUCCGUCAUGAUAGAACUAUGGAACAAAUAGUCUUCCCUCUGCCAAAUAUCUGUGAAUUCCUCACGCAUGAAUCCAAGUGCCGUGUAUUCAAUACCACUGAGAGAGAUGAACAAGGAAGCAAAGUGAAUGAUUUUUUUCAACAGACAGAGGACCUGUACAAUGAAAUGAAGUGGCAAAAGAAAAUCAGGAAUAACCCAGCACUCUUCUGGUUCUCCCGGCAUAUUUCCCUCUGGGGAAGUAUAUCUUUCAACUUGGCAGUCUUCAUCAAUCUAGCAGUAGCUCUUUUCUAUCCCUUUGGAGAUGAUGGAGAUGAAGGCAUACUUUCUCCAUUGUUUUCAGUUCUCCUCUGGAUAGCAGUGGCCGUCUGUACAUCUAUGCUGUUUUUUUUCUCGAAACCUGUUGGUAUUCGCCCUUUUCUGGUGUCCGUAAUGCUCAGAUCUAUAUAUACAAUUGGACUUGGACCUACAUUGAUCCUUCUUGGUGCUGCUAAUCUUUGCAACAAGAUUGUAUUUUUGGUAAGCUUUGUUGGGAAUCGUGGCACGUUUACUCGUGGAUACAGAGCUGUCAUCAUGGACAUGGCGUUUCUCUACCAUGUUGCCUAUGUCCUUGUCUGCAUGCUGGGCCUCUGUGUGCAUGAAUUCUUUUACAGCUUCCUGUUAUUUGAUUUAGUAUACAGAGAGGAGACUUUGUUGAAUGUCAUUAAAAGUGUUACACGGAAUGGGCGCUCCAUUAUCCUGACUGCAGUAUUAGCUCUCAUCCUUGUAUACCUCUUCUCUAUUAUUGGGUUCUUGUUCUUGAAAGAUGACUUCAUUAUGGAGGUGGAAAGACUGAAAAAUAAAACAUCUAUUGCAGACAGUGAUACAGUGCCUACUACAACUUUAACAACAAUGCUGGAAACAUGUGCAAGUGAGAACUGCUCUACAACAAUACCAGCUAUAAAAUCAGGUGAAGAAGCUGAUGAGGAUGGGAUUGAGAGGACAUGUGACACUCUGCUAAUGUGUAUUGUGACAGUUUUGAACCAAGGCCUGAGGAAUGGUGGUGGAGUUGGCGAUGUGCUUCGAAAGCCUUCCAAAGAUGAACCACUCUUUGCUGCUCGAGUUGUUUAUGAUCUCCUGUUUUAUUUCAUUGUCAUCAUUAUUGUGCUGAACCUCAUCUUUGGAGUCAUCAUUGAUACAUUUGCAGAUCUCAGAAGUGAAAAGCAGAAAAAAGAGGAAAUCUUAAAGACAACCUGUUUCAUCUGUGGGCUUGAGCGAGACAAAUUUGAUAACAAGACAGUUUCAUUUGAAGAGCACAUAAAAUCGGAACACAACAUGUGGCACUAUCUCUACUUUAUAGUUUUGGUCAGAGUGAAAGACCCAACAGAAUACACUGGUCCCGAAAGUUACGUGGCUCAAAUGAUUGUGGAAAAGAAUUUAGAUUGGUUCCCUCGGAUGAGAGCCAUGUCCUUGGUCAGCAACGAAGGGGACAACGAGCAGAACGAAAUCAGGAAUCUGCAAGAGAGGCUGGAGUCUACCAUGAGCCUGGUCAAGCAGCUCUCUGGCCAACUAGCUGAGCUCAAAGAACAGAUGACAGAACAAAGGAAAAACAAGCAGAGGCUGGGCUUUCUUGGAUCCAACGCGCCCCAUGUGAACCAUCACAUGCCACCCCACUGAUACCAUGGGGGGAAGCCGUGACUAGCCUUUCCUCCGUGUUCUCGCUUGAUUACAGAAUGAAAAAGCUGAGAUCGGGAGUGCUGAACAGUGCCUAUUGUUAGGAAGUUACAAAGAACCGAGUGCCAAGACGUUAAGUGGUUUAGCUGUGGGAACAAUCUGUAACUGUUUUUUUCACGGUUGAAAAGGGCCACAAGCUACAGAUAACUGGAGCGGGGUGGGGGCAGGGGCAUCUUCUGCAUUCUUUCUGCAGGCCAAAAAAAAAAGUGGCCUCAGUUUACACUCUCUUGUAAUUCACUUGGCUUCUUUGGGGACUGCCGGCAGAUGCAAAGGCCGAAGAUAAUUUGGCUCUUGUUGAUUUGAAUGUCGUCGUCGUAAGAAUCCUUGUAAAACUAAUGGAGCAACCAAGGGACAGAAAGAAUAGUUUAUUAACACAGAAUGCAACAGCCUCAUUCAGAAUUGGUAGUCCUUUGUUGUCAUAUUUGCUGGCCGGCAUCAUUUGCUGUGUUUGGCAUUUGCUCUCUUUCUUUUUUUUAAAUUACUGUAAAUAUGUCAUUGGAGAAAGCAAUAACAUUACAGCACAUUAAUUUGCUUUGGAAGAGGAGCAAAGCCACUCUCAAAACGGAAUUGUGUGUGUUUUUUGUUUUUUAGAAGAGGAUUGCAAAGACACAAUCUAAUGCUAAAAUAAUUUUAGCUGUCAGCUGUGCAAUUCCUUCCUUAUAAAAUAGAGCACAAUGGAUCUGCAGCUGGGAGAACUUGAAAUGUAUGCACAUAACCACUGACAACAUUAACUGGAAGUGAUUUCUUUGCUCCUGGAUUUAGAUGUUCUCUGUUAAUGUGGAUGCAAGUGGAGAUUUCACCUAAUGGUGGUAUUUAACUUUGUUUGUAAAUGUAUGCUCCAAGGAAAGGAUUGAGGAGAAAAUGUUAUAUUUUGUAACUAUUAUUAGAGAUGAAUUUAAGGGGGUAAACAGCUUUGAGAUGGCUGUCUAGGAAGAAUUGUAAUGGUAUCAAUACUGUCCAUAAAACCACACAGAGAAGCUAUUUGGUUUAAAUCAACAAAGGUUAGAUCCUACCCCUCCUUACUUUUUCUGUGGGAUUUAUUUCACAGCUAAAUCCCCUGGUGCCUUGAAUUUCCACUACUCCAGGAGUGGGCGAUCUUAUUUUUAUCCAUUCUGUGAUCCACCACACUGUGGCCAUCUCUGGAAACAGAACUUGGAUUAGACAAGUAUUGACCCAGCACUACAGUUCUUAAUGACAUCAGUAUUACAAGCGAGGUCAGGUCUGAAUCUUCGGCAGAGGCUGUGCCAUCUACAAAUCAAGUACAGUAUGAAGGGUUUUUUACUAUGGCAAUUCCACAGACUAUGAGGAGGAGAUUUUCAAGAGCACAAGUGGGAUGUAAAUGCAUUCAGUUUACACAGGCUUCCAGUAGAUCUUGGUAUUUUCUAUGUGCCUGUUUCAGGUUUAGCUUUCAAGCACAAAUACUGAAAAAGAAUUUUUAAAGUGUUUCUGUUAUAAAGCAGGUACCUGAUUACAUGUUAUAAAAGCAAAUCCAGAGACAAUUAGCAGUACUGGAAAGUUAUGAAACAUAUCUCAUGUUUUGUGUUUUGUAAUCAUCUCUUUAUAGGUUCUCAAUUGAGUCAGUGGGAUUUCUCAGGGUUGCACCAUAUGGUGGUAUUCUACAAAACCCUUACUUUGCAACAAUCCCAUUGGCUUAUUCAAUAAAGAAUUUGUGUGUUGCAUCUGUUAUAUUUUCUGUACAUCCCCCAUUUGUUUCCAUAAAGCAUAUAUAGGAGCAUUUUUAGUGGUUUUUAAAAUCCCAUAUCCCUUGUGUUUUAUAGUGAAUUGUGUAAAUUACAGAAAGACUUCAUGGCCAGAUCCUAUUAGCACUAUGUAUUAUGUUGGGCUAAUUAAUAUUGAGUGAAUCUCUGUAGAGCUGCAUAUAUGGGAUCCAAAAGUGUAAGACUGACUGUUGGGUGCCUUAGCAAAUCACAUAUUUUCCUUUCAAUAUCUAGCUUGUGAGAAGAGGAUGAAACAGAACAAUGGAAGAGCAUAAGUAAAUAACCAGAUUCUAUCCAAAUAGAAUCUAAAUGCCCGGGAGCAAAACCUAAGUGCCUUGCUUUGUUCCUUCCAGCUACUGGGUGAAAUCUUCCACCUUAUAGGACCACAGCCUUACAUUUCUGCCUAACAGUCUGAAGAACCUGCUGACACAAAGUUCUUGCAGAGAAUGAGAACCAAUCCUCAAAACCAGUUCUGGUCUGUGGAGGAAUAGUUGUUGUUACAAGGGUUGAAAAGGCUUCCACAACAUACCAAUGUUCUUGAUGAUUUGUAUGCCUUUGAAGGGAGAGGAAAGAUUGUGAUUUGAUAAGGAAUUAUAUGAUAUAAUAAGCUAUAUAGUAACUAUUGCUCAAAGGCCAAUUACAUGUUUUGCCUGUAUGAAGGGUCCCAGAUUCAAGUUCCAAGGAGGAUCUCACCCAGCAGGUCUGAGAAAGAUCUCUGCUAGAGUCCUUAGAAAGUCUCAACUUGCCAGAGUAGACAACACUGAGCGAAAAGUGCACGGGGCUACUCCAUAUGUCACAGUAAAAGUGAGCACACUUUUUAAAAUUAGCAUCUACCUGCUUCCAGCCUGGGGCAUCUGAGCUGGCUAUGUAUCUUUUUCUUUGAACACCACCAAAGUAAACAUUGGGGAGCCAGGGAAGUUUCAGCUUCCUUCACUUUGUUCUCACAAGGCACUCAUGCUGAAAUAAAAAUAUGAGCAUUAAUUUUUGCAGGGCAAGGAGAGGUCUCAAGCAAAUUCUUAUAGAUUGGAUUUGCAUGCAAAACAUAGAUUUUCAGUUUUAUCCCACAUAACCAAUGAUGGACAAAGUUGGAGUACAGUGUUAGAAAAAGGACACAAUAUAAAAGUAUUGGGUUUAGCAAGCUGAUGCUAUUGCCUUACAAUUCAUCAAGAAAAAAAGUUAUAGGGAUGAGUCCCUCAAGUGUCAAGCACUUUUAAGUGGCAUUUAUUUCAACUGGAAGAAUUAAGCAUGGGCUUAAUUGUUGUCUUUGUUUGUUGUUGUUGUUUUUAAGUAACCCACAAAGUCCAACUUUUAAAGCAAAGUUUUUUUAAAGUCCCAUAAUUCAAAAAGCUGAACACACAUUCUGAAAUUCCCAAAUCUGAAUGUGUUCAAAAUUGUGUUAACGGCUCUGAUUUUGUUUUAAUUGCUGGUCUUAUUUACACUGUAACUUCUCAUGAGUUCCAUGGAUGUAUUUCUCUUUCUUUAACUUCCUUCAGUGUCACCAUAUCCCAUUUAUUAGGACAGAAAAGCACAGAGUUAUAAAGACCAGUGCUUUUUAAUUAUUAUUAUUAAUAGUAAUAAUAAAUAAUUUGGGGGGAAGCUAGAGCACAUGUUAUAGUUUCAACUGGUGCUUUGGCUGUCUUGUUUUUGGUGCUUGUACUAAGAGAGCAUCAUCAGAAUCUCCCUUUGCAGUUGUGAAAUCACUUUACAUUGUUUAGCACCGCUAGACAUAGCUCAGUGUUGUUCAGGCUUUUCUCUUGUCUUAAUUGUCUGAAGGGGGAAAAAAUACUGGAACUUUAUGGAAUUGCUGGAAUUUACAAAAUUAUGGAAUAAAUGUGGUAAUUUUUGAUCUGGAGAGAGUAGCUCUAACUCCCAAAAUAGCUGGUAUUUCUGUUACUAACGUUCUAUUGCAAAUAAAGACUUGCUGUGGGAAUCAGAAACUUGAGUUUAGACUUAACAGCUCUGCUGAUUUGUGCACCAAAUUCCUGGUUACAGAUGCUACCUGUUGCACUAUCCUUACUACCAACCUGUGUAAUCUUUCCUCUUGAUCACAAAGAAUCUGUGGCUCUGAUUCCGCAGUGCACACACAGAGCAGAGGGAUUGCGUACCCUUAAACAUGUAUAAAAACUGGCAGAAGAGGGCAUACAAGGAACUGAAUCCAGCUCCACUCCCCUUCCAAACUGAUUACUGGGAUUUUGGCACAGCCCCAGCUCUCUGACUGGGUUGGAAAUACAUGCCCAGAACCCUGCUUCCCUGUGCUGGAGUGAAGUGCAUAUGUUUGCUAUACAGGGAGACUUGAAACGUAGCAUAUAAGGCUGUAAUAGCUGUCAGUUAAUGCCAUGGUAUAGUUUGCAAUAUUUAUAGCUUCCAAGCCAGACUGCCUUGAUCCAUUACUAUAGAUAAUUCUACAGUCACAGAUUGUAACUACUCUAUACUUUAAAAAAAGAAAAGGCUCCAUUUUUACAAAUGUGCAGGGCCUGGAUGUUAAGGUUCAUAUUUUCUGAGGCUACAAGCAUCAUUCUUCAAUUAUUCAUGGCGGCAUGUGUGGAAAGAUAUGUUUCCAGUCCAGCAGCCCCAUUGGACAGUGGGGCUUCCAUGCAAGCACAGAGUUGUACACAGGCAGAAAUGUACACUGCCCCAUUCCUUCAGUGUCAGGAAAGGUUUUGUAUAGGCAAGCCAUUGCUCAUCUGGAGCGUCCCUAAUAUUUAAGUGAAGGGGUAGUCUCUGGUCUUAUGGAGCUCCAUGUCUACAGAUCAUGAUGCAUGUUUUUAAUCCUUGCAACUUCUUGAUUAAAAUGAUAGUACCUGUGCAUUUAUGGAAAACAACAGGUGGGCAAGAGAAUCACUGUUUUUAUGCUCAUAUUUUUGUGUUUAAUUAGAGCCAACUCAGCUAGUUUGUGAUAACUCCUCAAAAAUGUAUGGUCAUGGAGAGCAAAGAACGUUUAAAGCCUUGGAGAAGAAGUGUGAUAAACGAUUUGACCAUUAAAAUCUACAUAAAUUAAGAUGCUCAUUGCUGCUGAAUGUAAAUUUAAUAAAUGGUUCUCAUUUUAUACA